AUGGCAGGUCCUCUCCAGGUUGGAGACAUUAUCAGCCUUGGGCGCCUAGCCUGGGAAAUCUACCGCUUUGGAUGGACAGAGGAUCAUAACGCAACAAGACAAUAUGCGGAAUUUGGAAGAGACGUCAAGGGGCUUGCUGAGAACCUCGACAUCCUCAGCAGAGUGGUUGCAUGUGCAGAUGAUUCUCUUCAAAAGCAACGGCGACAAGGUGCACCAGCCAGGUUACGAUGGGACAGGAGGUCACUGAUUGAGAUUAUUGGCGAUUACGAGAUGACACUACGAGAAUGCGACAAACUCCUCAAAGCCAAUAGUCGAUAUCGAGUUGGAAGCAAUCCUUUACGCAACUUGGAAUGGAAUGUACUCGUCCAACCCAUGGCCGACCAACUACGCCAAAGGAUCACGCUACACAAUUCUAAAAUUCUUCAUGUAUUGAAGCCUUUCGAAGUUGAUCUUCUCUUACGAGUACGGCAGGACAUUGAGUUUAUGCACCGAGACCUCGCAGAUCGCAUUACGGCUGCUCACCAUGAUAUCCGCCGUCUAAUGGGAGUUCUUAUUCCUGACCUUGACGAAGCACUUGAUCAACGCAUUCAACGUAGCGUCGUCCUACUUGAAGUGCCUGUCGACCUAGACGACCAGUUUCGCUUUGCAGCACUCACUGGUCAUCCGGAAUAUCGCAUCGAGGAUGAUUUUGAUCUCAGUGAACUGUCAGAUGCAUUCAUACUGAAAUUCCACAAGAGCACAGUCAACUUUGAGUCAGGGAUGCUAGUCGAAGAUCGUAUCCCAACUAUGGACCAAUAUCUCAAUUUGUUGAAGUGUGUCUGGAUCUUUAAAAGAAUACAAGCGUGUCCUGCUCUUCGGGUAGCGGAUAAAGACACUUCUCACUGGCCAUCCUAUGCCCGGCAAUUAGAAGAUGAUCUUUCAUCACAGUGCUCUCGAUUUGGUCGCGAGUUGGUCACACCGAGGAUCAUCACGUCAACACUUAAGCGAGACAUGUUUACCAUCUGGCCCGAGAAAGAGUCUGUCCCUCUUGUUGAUGUGGUAACUAAGGACGAAAUGAUGGAACAGUUGCUCGAGGUGCCUCUCCAGAGCUAUAACAUAGGUAUCGAGAAGAAAUUGAAGCUUCUUCGCAGGCUUGAUGACGAUGGUCGGCGAUUUAGGGUCAUUCUGUCUGGUUCGGCGCAAGAGACUUCAGGUAAACCAAGACAGAAAACCGAAAUUAUCGACUUUGAUAUCACCUCGAUGGUCUUCAAUCCACAAUAUGCCUUGCCCACCGGCACUCAUAUGACACAGGAGAUCAUCCUACGACAAAAUGAGAGAAUCGCCCGGCUAGAUUUCCUUGAUGGGGGUGAUAUACUCAAAUUCCAACAAGCUUUCACUGGGUUUAAGCCAUGGGCGUCUGUUACCCAAUAUGAUUGUCAAGUCAUUUUCGUUCUUGGUGGUGUCAAAGAGACAAUCAUGGAGAACGCCUGUCUUCAGCUGUGGAUACCGAAGCCGACCGAGGGAUCACUUGUCACUAAUAGUGAUGCCGCGGCCAACACGAUAAAGAGCUCGCCAUCAAGCCGGCAGAACUCAAUAUCUACAUUUGCUUCUGGAGCUAUUCCCAGUUCACCUCUAUACGGGGAUAGGCCAUUCGCAUCCCCAGGACCAGCCCUUUCUCCCCGCGGGAGCAAUGGAGGUGGGCUCUCAGCAGGUUCUCCUAGCCGCCACCCUAGCCUUCCAUCGAUACCGCAACGUCAGGCAGCACCACCUGUGUUCUAUGGCUCUUGGCCCGAGCGAAGCUCACCAGAACCGAUAGGAUCAUCACCCACAGGAAGGCAAAACUUCGGCCCACUACCAGGGCCGCCGCGACAAAUUCCUCCCCGAAAGCCAGUUGGACAACCUCCGUCUCCUCGUCGUUCGAGCUCUCUUCUACCAACCCAAUCCAAUAGUACAAAUGCGACCAACCACGGACGUUCAUUUAGUAUUUCUAGCGGCAUUUCGAGUAAUAGCAAUUCCUCCAAUAGCGACGUUCGUAGCGUCUCCAUCUCGACAGGCACAAACACCACGGGGCUCCUCCAUAAGCGCCCGGUCAAGCCAAUGCUAGUCGUUUUCACGCAGAGCCGCCAAGACAACAGAUUCUCAUUCGUGACGAUUCAGAUCGAUGACGAAACAAAUAUGAACCCAGAGCGUUGCAACUGUCGCAGAUCCGGAAGGGAUGGGGCAUCGUGCGAUAUUGCAGCUAUCGAGAAGAAAAAGGGUGAUGCUCCUAUUGCGGCUCGACGUUAUGAGCAGUCAACGUCAGAUGGUGAAAUGGACUGGAACCUGGCCCGACUGGCACUCAACAACCCAGCUGCGACCAGCGAUAAUGUCAAUUGGCCCAACCUCAAGCGUCUUAGCAUCAAAUUCCCCACUGCCCAGGCAAGAGCCAGGUUUUGUGGCACGCCAAACGUAUGUCACUGCAAGAUCAAGAAGGAAGGCGACCUGCUCAAGUGCAUACAAGAACGCCAUCGUGGGUUGUGGGGAGAGGUACAAGAGAACUAUCGGAGGCAGAUGAACAGCUUUCACAAGCAAAGAUACGAAAGCAGGUCACACGUGGUGUAUGGGGUGACUAAUUAA